AUGCGGAAGGCGUACAGGGACUCCAUCAAGGUGCUCGAAGCUGACAUCCAGCACGCGAACACCCUGGCCUCCGAGUUUCCCCGGGACUAUGAUGGUGCGUGCCUGCAGAUGCGGCUGUCGUACAGUCCCGCAGCUCAUAUAUUCCUCUUCCUGGUGCAGUGGACAGACUGCAGCCUCGCCGGGGCGCUUGGUCUGCUGAGAAUCCUCAUAUACAAGGUUUAUGUGGAUGGCACGACAACCAUGUCGACUCAUGAGAGGAAAGCCAGUAUCAAAGAAUUCUAUGCUGUGAUAUUUCCUUCUUUGCUGCAACUGCAAAGGGGGAUCACUGAUGUGGAGGACAAGAAGCAGAAGGCCGUGUGCAUGGAGAGGUACAGAAAGAAAGAUGAGGACGAACGGGGCUCCUUAUCUGAUAUUGAUGUUGAGAGGGAAGAGGAGUGUGGGAUUUGCAUGGAGAUGAACAGCAAAGUUGUGCUGCCUAACUGCACCCAUGCUAUGUGCCUCAGAUGUUACCAGGACUGGAGUUCAAGAUCGCAGUCCUGCCCAUUCUGCCGUGACAACCUGAAGAAGACCUGUCCUGGUGACUUGUGGAUCUAUGUCGAGGACCAAGAUGUGGUUGACAUGGAGACAGUGUCAAGCGAGAACCUCAGACGGCUGUUCAUGUACAUAAGCAAGCUGCCUCUGAUUGUCCCAGACGUCAUCUUCAAUGUUUAUGAUUCCCACAUAAAAUGA